CGUAACUUUACAUUAUUUAUCGGAAUUGCCCUAUUACGCGUUAGCGGAAAUUCCCCACCCCUCAUGUGUUAUGAACUUGUCCAGUGAUAAAAAUAGAACAGAAAACCUGUCAACAGGAAUACGAAAUGAGUGCAGAACGCAAGCGACUGAAAGAAGAUAAACUUGGCAGUAAACAAUGGAAAAAAUGGGGACCUUACUUACCAGACAGACAAUGGAGCACUGUCAGGGAAGAUUAUUCGGCAGAUGGCAAUUGCUGGAACUAUUUCCCUCACGAUGACGCACGGUCCCGUGUGUUCCGGUGGGGUGAGGACGGCCUGCUGGGUAUCACCGACAAACAGUGCCGGCUGUGUAUGGCCCUGUCGCUGUGGAAUGGCAGGGAUCCCAUCCUUAAGGAGAGACUCUUUGGGCUCACAGGACUGGAGGGGAACCAUGGAGAAGAUGUCAAAGAGUUGUACUACUAUCUGGACAGUACGCCUACACAUUCCUACAUGAGGGCACUGUACAAAUACCCACAGAAGGCCUACCCAUACGAUAACAUAGUGGCAGAAAACCGCCGCCGUACAGUGUUCGACCCAGAGUAUGAAUUGCUGGAUACAGGUGUGUUUGACGAAGGUGAUUAUUGGGAUAUUGAGGUGGAGUACUGCAAGAACACUCCGAAUGACAUUUUGGCUCGAUAUACAAUCUACAACCGAGGCAAGAUGCCCGACACUAUCCAUGUAAUGCCAAUUCUCUGGUUCAGAAAUAUCUGGUCCUGGGGUGAUGCCUGUGAUGCAUACUGUAGCACUAAACCACAGAUGUCACAAGAAAAAAUAAAUAGGGUACUUUGUCGGCACGAGUCACUUGGUGACUACUGUUUGGAGGCGGAUGUUGGACCUGGAGGUCACUUUCCCGAGAUACUCUUCACAGACAACGAGACAAACUAUGAACGACUCUAUAACCAGCAGAACAAACACAAAUAUGUGAAGGAUGCAUUCCAUUAUUAUAUCAUGCACCGUAAGAAAAAUGCUGUAAAUAACCACAAAGUGGGCACCAAGUGCGGCGCAUACUACGUGAUCCGGGUGGAUGGGCACGACUCGGUGACACUCAACUUGAGGCUGUACAGCAGAGAGGACCCACCACCAGUUGUGUUUGGUCCUGACGCUUACGACAGAAUCUUUCGCCUGCGCAGAUACGAGUGUGAUCAGUAUUACAUGGAGGUGAUUCCCAAUUUAAAUCCUGUAGAGAGGAAUGUGGCACGACAGGCAUACGCUGGUUUGCUGUGGAGCAAACAGUUCUACCACUAUGUGAUCAAGGAGUGGUUAGAGGGGGACAAGGGCCACCCCACCCCUCCGUCCAGCAGACUGGCAGGGAGGAACCACGAUUGGCUGCACCUGUUUAAUCGUGACAUCAUAUCUGUGCCAGACAAGUGGGAGUAUCCGUGGUAUGCGUCGUGGGACCUGGCGUUCCACUGUAUCGCCUACGCCAAUGUGGAUAUCCAGUUUGCUAAAGACCAGCUGCUGCUCUUCCUUCGUGAGUGGUACAUGCACCCCAAUGGACAGAUUCCAGCUUAUGAGUUUGCCUUUGACGAUGUAAAUCCACCUGUCCAUGCAUAUGCAGCACUUCGAGUUUAUAAAGCGUCUGGACCAAAAGGGCACAGGGAUACGACUUUCCUCGCUCGAUGUUUCCACAAGCUGGUUCUCAACUUCACAUGGUGGGUGAAUCGUAAAGAUCCGGAUGGGAAGAAUAUCUUCACUGGUGGUUUUCUUGGUCUUGACAACAUUGGAGUGUUUGACCGGUCAAAACCUUUACCAUCAGGUGGGAAACUUUUACAGGCCGAUGCCACUGGGUGGAUGGCGUUCUUCAGUGUGAUAAUGUUACAGAUCUCACUCAUCCUGUCAAGGCGAGACCCAAUCUACGAUGACAUGUCAAGCAAGUUCUUCGAGCACUUCAUUUCAAUUGUCGACACGAUGAACAGACUAGCUGGUGAAGGCUUGUGGGAUGAGGUAGAUGGGUUCUACUAUGAUAAUCUGCUACUGGACGAUGGAUCGUCAAUUCCAUUGAAGAUUCGCUCCUGGGUCGGUAUGAUACCCAUGUUUCUGUGUUUCGUCAUCAGCGAGUCUGAGCUGAAGCAACACCCGGGUUUCCAGAAACGAAUGAAACUCUUUCUCAAACACCGAGAGGAACUCAAGUCCAGGAUUUCGUUCAUGCGACAAGGCGAGGGUUCCGACGAAGAGCGCAUGAUGCUGAGUAUCUGCACGGCCGACAAGCUGCGGCGAAUGUUGCGCUACAUUCUUGACGAGGAAGAGUUCCUCUCACCCUACGGAAUCCGCUCUCUGUCCAAGGUCCACCUGCAUCAGCCAUUCUACUUUGAUAUAGAUGGGAAGCGACACAGCGUGAGCUACCAGCCUGGAGAAUCGAGGGAAACCAUGUUUGGAGGCAACAGUAAUUGGAGAGGACCAAUCUGGCUUUGCAUGAACUACAUAAUGGUGGAGAACCUCGACCGCCUGGAUUUCUUCUAUGGCGAGGAGUUCAAGGUGGAGUGUCCCGUGAGGUCGGGAAACUUCAUCCGACUGUCCGAUGUGGCUAAAGAGCUGGCCAACAGGCUGUCCAGGCUCUUCCUGCCCGACGCAGAUGGCUGUAGACCGUGUCAUGGGAUGAGUGAAAGAUAUGCCAAAGAUCCAAACUUCAAAGACUUGGUUUUGUUCUAUGAAUACUUUGAUGGAGACACUGGGCGAGGCUGUGGAGCAAGUCACCAGACCGGCUGGUCGGCACUGGCUGUGGAGUUCCUGAAGAGCUUUCACCGCUACUCCAUGUUCAGUCGCAGCAACAGUUCCUUCGUCUCCAGCAGUGAUGAGGAGGGCCAAUCGAGGACUAGGCUCGUGUCACAAGACAGUCGCGAGAGCAACUAGUCGACAGUCGCAACAGCACCUAGACUACAGUCGCGAGAGCAACUAGUCAACAGUUGCGACAGCACCUAGACGACCGUCGUGACAGCAACCAGACAUGAAUAAUGAGUCUGCUUACAUGACAUAAAUAUUUCACAGUGUGCUUACAUGACGCACGUUUUAACCCUUCUCCACAACGGGAGUUUACUAAUGACACCAAAUCAGGAAAAAGAUUGACUCAAAGUAGUAAUAGUUGUAUAGGUAAUGUAAUGAAUAAUAAUUAUUCCCGACUCAAAGUAGUAAUAGUUGUAUUGGUAAUGUUAUGAAUAAUAAUUAUUCCUGAUUUAAAGUACUAAUAGUUGUAUUAGUAAUGUUAUGAAUAAUAAUUAUUGUUACCGUCCAUAUUUUUAUCUGCUCGGAGCAUAACACAAGGGAAAAAAAACAUUUGCUGCAGCAAAAGAAGAAAAUGUUUUUGGAAAGUAGUUAAUCAAGAAUAUAGGGGACUUAAUAUUUGUGCUCUUUUUUUUUAGCAAAUUGUUUAUCUUAUAUAUUUGUUGUUGAUAUUCUAACUAGAAUGCAUACAAGGUGCUACAUAUUAUUGAUUAUUUAUGUAUUUCUUUUUUUGACAAAAUAUAGACUUUUUGAGUCUUAAUAUCCUCAGCGUCUUAAGUAGCAUAAUUGCCAUACUUAUUUUUACAGCUUUUGAGACAAAUGGAAAAAACUAUAAUUUUUAUAUAUAUAUAUAUAUAUAUACAAACAGAACUUAAUUAUUUUAAAAGUUAUAUGAAUAAGAACAACAAGAACAAUAUCUGUUCCAAUAAUUUCCACUUGUCUCAAAAGCUAUACAAAUGAAUUAGGCAGUUAUGUUACAAGAAUGACAAAUUUCACGGGACAGUAUUUCAAAAUCUUAGGUAACCAGAUGUCUGUUCCCGUGAUUUGUACCAAAGUAACUGAUUUUAUUUGCUUAACCGGUGUGUUACUGUAUUCCUUUCCUGGGUCCUGUUUUACUAAGCGAUCUUUUAGCGCUAAAAUCACCAUAAAUGGAUAUGUUAGUUAGGCAGUUAAGGUUAUUUUAGUGCCAAGAUCACCCAGGGCCCUAUUCUACGAAGCAAUAUUAGCACUAAGAUCUCCUUAAGUGCAUAACUUAGACUAAUUUCUUAUCUUAACGGAGCCCUGUUCUACAUUGACAUUCCAGAUGUAUUUUAAACAGUCUGAUUUAUUGAAGAGAGAGUAUUUUUCAAUUUGACUACUGACGUGCUAUGUUUAUAAAAUUCCUAAAAUUAGUCAAAAACGUUUUUGAUAUACAAUGUAUAUAAAUAAAGUUGCGGCGUUC